AUGAUGAUAGAUAUAUUCAUCGUGGGUGCCAAGCGUACUCCGUUCGGUACUUUCGGCGGAGUGUUCCGUAACACUUCAGCCACAGAGCUGCAGACCAUCGCUACAACAGCCGCCCUCAAGGAGGCGGGAGUGAAGCCUGACCAGGUCGACUCUGUUGUGGUCGGACAGGUUAUGGCGGCCACAUCUACGGACGGUAUAUACUGUGCUCGUCACUCGUCGCUACGUGCGGGCAUUCCCCAGGACCGGCCGGCGCUGGCCGUCAACAGGCUGUGUGGAUCAGGCUUCCAGUCCGUCAUCAACAGUGCACAGGACAUUCUAUCAGGCGUUGCAGAAAUUUCCGUAGCUGGUGGUGUUGAGAACAUGUCCCAGGCUCCUUUCGCGGUGAGAAAUGUCAGGUUCGGUGCUGUGUUAGGCAGUUCGUACGCCUUCGAGGACACUCUAUGGGCCGGACUCACUGACUCAUACUGUAACAUGCCGAUGGGUAUGACCGCUGAGAAACUGGGAGCACAGUAUGGGAUUACUAGGGACGAGGUUGAUAACUUCGCGAUGAAAUCACAACAGAGAUGGAAGGCUGCGAACGACGCGGGAGUGUUCAAGGCGGAAAUCGAACCUGUGACACUGACCAUCAAACGUAAGGAGGUCAAAGUUGAUACUGACGAGCAUCCUCGACCACAGACAACACUGGAGGGACUCAAGAAACUACCGCCGGUCUUCAAGAAGGAAGGUCUGGUGACGGCUGGAACUGCAUCUGGUAUUAGUGACGGAGCUGGCGCCCUGGUGCUAGCCAGCGAACAGGCCGCCAAGAACUUGAAGCCCUUAGCACGUCUUGUAGGAUGGUCGUACGUUGGAGUAGACCCUAGCAUUAUGGGGGUCGGACCUGUACCCGCCAUUGAAAACCUACUCAAGGCCACCAAACUAACACUUAAUGACAUCGACCUGGUUGAGAUCAACGAGGCUUUCGUGGCCCAAACUUUAUCCUGUGCGAAGGCUCUCAAGCUUGACCUGGAGAAACUCAACGUGAACGGAGGAGCCACCGCCCUCGGACACCCGCUGGCCGCUUCCGGCUCUAGGAUCACCGCUCACCUCGUACACGAGCUACGUCGCCGCGGCUUGAAGCGCGCCAUUGGCUCGGCGUGUAUCGGCGGCGGUCAGGGCAUCGCUGUUAUGGUUGAAGCUGUUUAA